AUGCAUAAGCCUGCUAAAAAUCCUGUACAGAUACUACAAAGAGUAUCAUCGCAAACAUUGCAUGAUAAAUUUCUGACACAACCUUUUGAGCAUGAGUUACAAUUUGUAGGGUUUCCUCCAUUGAUUCACUGGUUAAUUCCGCAUUCCCAAAGACAGUUAGCUCUUGCUCCACUGCCACAUAUUUGGUCUGAGUAUUGAGUAUUAAAAUUUGAAACAGCUACAUUUCAUAGAGUAAAGUGAUAA